AUGGAUCUAUGCAAAACUUAUUCUCAUAUGAAAUCAGCAUCUUCAUGUAAAUCAAAACCUAAAAUUUCUAAUAAAUCUCGUGAUUAGAUGAAAUCAAGAAAAAGGUCUGUCACUUUUAAUAGUGAUGUAGAUCUUAUAAAAUCAAUAAGCUGUCAAGAAAACUUACUUGAUUUAAUAGGGAAGGUAUAGAAAUAAAAAUAAGAGUACCUUAUGUCUCUCCAAAAUUCUUAAAUGACUUUACUUCCACCUUUGAAAGUUGAAUAGGAUGAGAAUAAAAUAUAAAAGCAACAGGUUAAAAAGUACGCUAAUAAAGAAUAAUAUGAAUUCUCUAUUCCAAUGGAUCCUUAUAAAAAAUUGCUUUACCAAAAAUAAAAUAUAUAUGGUAAAUUCAUAGAACCAACAGAAUAUAAAAAAAUUGAUUAUUAGUAGAUUUAGACAUUGUAUUCUUUAUUAUUAUAAUAGUGAAUCAGCAAUUUCAUAAAUACAAUUUAAAGAAUGCAAUAAAGAAAAGGUGAAUAAAAUUCAAGAAUAAGAUUUAUAAUAAUAAGUGGAUAAGUUAAUCUAAUAAGAUGAUGAAACUUAAAGAUUGAAUCAACAAAAUUAUUCAAACUAUAAUCAAGAUUAUGAUUUAUUUUAGGAAUAAUAGAAAAUGAACAAAAUUAUUAAUGAAGCGUUAAAAUUUAAAUAACAGAAAAGAGAACCUACGAACGCAUCAAAGAGUGUUAAAUAGAAAAGAACAUAAAUGAAAAAUUAUCUUGUUAAUCAAUACUAAAAUGCAUUAAAUUCUGCAAUGCAAGGGAUUAAUUUAAAUAUAGAAGAAGAUAAUCUAUUUAUAAGAAAGAAAUAUUAAAAGAAAAUUAAAUUAAAUACUUCUUUUAAUAAUUCAAGGAUUACUUCUUAAUAUACUAAAAAAGCUAUCUCAUCUUAAAUUAUACAUCCAGAAAGAUAAGAAUUUGUUAAUAAGACUUUAGAAAUUUACGAUAAAUGUAAUAAUUAUCUGAGUUGA